AUGACAAUUUCUAAAGGCAGGCCAUAUUUUUUGCCUAGUAUAAUUAACUCAAUUUCCGAGAAUAGUUUUUGUGGGGCCGGACUUGAGAAUUUUGCUGUUACGUCACAAAUGCUUGUAUUUCGCAGCUUUUUCGCAAAAUUUAUGCUAACUCCCCCCCCCCCCCCCCCCUCCGUGAGCGAACAAAACCAUUAGAAAAAUCGCCAUUUUUUGACCAAAAACCCACCCUCCGUGAGUGAACAAAAAUUUUUUUAAUAGAAAAAAUUUUAAUGGAAAAAAAUUUUGAUAUAUAAGUGAUUAAUUAGUAUAAUGAAAUCUAGAGCUAAUUCUGUUUAAUUUUAAACAAAUUGCGUUUUAAAACAUAAAUUUUGCAAAUUAAAUUAAUAUUUGCUUUCCAAUUUUUGCAAAUUAGGAUUUUUUUUAAAUUUCGAAAAAAAUAUUUUUUAUAAAAAUUUAUAUAUAAAUUUUUUUUAAAAAAAAAAAUUAACCCCCCUCCGUGAGCGAACAAAAUUUUUUUGUUCGCUCACGGAGGGGGGGGGGGAGUAAGUGCAAGAAAAAAUACAUUUAUUUAUAAAAUCAUCAAAAAAAGUCCUAAUAUCAAAAUUGGGUAUCAUUAUUAA